ACCCUAGCACAUUUAUCUCUCUCAGUGUGCCUGCCUUCCCUUCUCCCAUUUGCAAAAACCACACACAGAUAGAGGGAUAAGCUUUCAAAGCUGUGAAAGAUGAAGUACAACCCAAGAGUCACGAGCUCUCGCCGCAAGAACAGGAAGGCUCACUUCACUGCCCCAUCAAGCGUGAGGCGAGUCCUCAUGAGCGCACCCGUCUCCACCGAGCUCAGAUCCAAAUACAACGUCCGAUCCAUGCCGGUGCGCAAAGACGACGAGGUCCAGGUCGUGCGCGGCACCUUCAAGGGUCGCGAGGGCAAGGUUGUCCAGGUCUACCGUCGCAAGUGGGUCAUCCACAUCGAGCGGAUCACCCGAGAGAAAGUGAAUGGCUCCACCGUCAACGUCGGUGUCAACCCUUCCAAGGUCGUCAUCACCAAGCUCCGCCUCGACAAGGACCGCAAGUCGCUUCUCGACCGCAAGGCCAAGGGUCGUGCUGCUGCUGACAAGGAAAAGGGGACCAAGUUCACUGCUGAGGAUAUCAUCCAGAACGUCGAUUAAAAUCGGUCCUAGAUUCUUCUUUAUCAUUUGUACUUUUUGCUUUCGGUUUCUCAGUUUUUAACAUUUUACAUUCGGAUAAUAUAUUUUUGUGCUUUUUGAGAAUCUAUCUAUCUAUCUAUCUAUCUUUUUGAAAUGACAAAGCAGAAAUGAUAAAUGACCUUUGGUUUA